AUGAGCACCAUGCGCCUGCUGACACUCGCCCUGCUUUUCUCCUGCUCCUUUGCCCGCGCCGCGUGCGACCCCAAGAUCGUCAACAUCGGAGCUGUGCUGAGCACGCGGAAGCACGAGCAGAUGUUCCGUGAGGCGGUGAACCAGGCCAACAAGCGGCAUGGCUCCUGGAAGAUCCAACUCAAUGCCACCUCCGUCACCCACAAACCCAACGCCAUCCAGAUGGCCCUGUCGGUGUGCGAGGACCUCAUCUCCAGCCAGGUCUACGCCAUCCUAGUUAGCCAUCCACCUACCCCCAACGACCACUUCACUCCCACCCCCGUCUCCUACACAGCCGGCUUCUACCGCAUCCCCGUCCUGGGGCUGACCACCCGUAUGUCCAUCUACUCAGACAAGAGCAUACACCUGAGCUUCCUUCGCACGGUGCCGCCCUACUCCCACCAGUCCAGUGUGUGGUUCGAGAUGAUGCGCGUCUACAGCUGGAACCACAUCAUCCUCCUGGUCAGCGACGACCACGAGGGCAGGGCCGCGCAGAAGCGCCUGGAGACGCUGCUGGAGGAGCGCGAGUCCAAGAGUAAAAAAAGGAACUAUGAAAACCUCGACCAACUGUCCUAUGACAACAAGCGCGGACCCAAGGCUGAGAAGGUGCUGCAGUUCGACCCGGGGACCAAGAAUGUGACGGCCCUGCUGAUGGAGGCGCGGGAGCUGGAGGCCCGGGUCAUCAUUCUCUCUGCCAGCGAGGACGACGCUGCCACCGUGUACCGCGCAGCCGCGAUGCUGAACAUGACCGGCUCCGGGUACGUGUGGCUGGUGGGGGAGCGCGAGAUCUCAGGGAACGCUUUGCGCUACGCCCCGGACGGCAUCAUCGGACUGCAGCUCAUCAAUGGCAAGAACGAGUCAGCGCACAUCAGCGACGCCGUGGGAGUGGUGGCCCAGGCAGUGCACGAACUACUGGAGAAGGAGAACAUCACCGACCCGCCCCGGGGCUGCGUGGGCAAUACCAACAUCUGGAAGACAGGGCCGCUCUUCAAGAGAGUGCUGAUGUCUUCCAAGUAUGCAGACGGGGUGACAGGCCGCGUGGAGUUCAAUGAGGAUGGGGAUCGGAAGUUUGCUAACUACAGCAUCAUGAACCUGCAAAACCGCAAGCUGGUGCAAGUGGGCAUCUACAACGGCACCCAUGUCAUCCCCAAUGACAGGAAGAUCAUCUGGCCAGGUGGAGAGACAGAGAAACCCCGAGGGUACCAGAUGUCCACCAGGCUGAAGAUUGUGACGAUCCACCAGGAGCCUUUCGUGUACGUCAAGCCCACGCUGAGCGAUGGCACAUGCAAGGAGGAGUUCACCGUCAAUGGGGACCCGGUCAAGAAAGUGAUCUGCACUGGACCCAACGACACGUCGCCAGGCAGCCCUCGCCACACAGUGCCUCAGUGCUGCUACGGCUUCUGCAUCGAUCUGCUCAUCAAGCUGGCGCGCACCAUGAACUUCACCUACGAGGUGCACCUGGUGGCUGAUGGCAAGUUCGGCACUCAAGAGCGGGUGAACAACAGCAAUAAGAAGGAGUGGAAUGGGAUGAUGGGCGAGCUGCUCAGCGGGCAGGCGGACAUGAUCGUGGCGCCGCUGACCAUCAACAACGAGCGUGCACAGUACAUCGAGUUCUCCAAGCCCUUCAAAUACCAGGGCCUGACCAUUCUGGUCAAGAAGGAGAUCCCCCGGAGCACGCUGGACUCGUUCAUGCAGCCCUUCCAGAGCACGCUGUGGCUGCUGGUGGGGUUGUCGGUGCACGUGGUGGCCGUGAUGCUGUACCUGCUGGACCGCUUCAGCCCCUUCGGCCGGUUCAAGGUGAACAGUGAAGAGGAGGAGGAAGACGCGCUGACCCUGUCUUCGGCCAUGUGGUUCUCCUGGGGCGUCCUGCUCAACUCGGGUAUCGGGGAAGGCGCCCCCCGAAGCUUCUCAGCGCGCAUCCUGGGCAUGGUGUGGGCCGGCUUCGCCAUGAUCAUCGUGGCCUCCUACACCGCCAACCUGGCGGCCUUCCUGGUGCUGGACCGGCCGGAGGAGCGCAUCACGGGCAUCAACGACCCACGGCUGAGGAAUCCCUCCGACAAGUUCAUCUACGCGACGGUGAAGCAGAGCUCGGUGGACAUCUACUUCCGGCGGCAGGUGGAGCUGAGCACCAUGUACCGACACAUGGAGAAGCACAACUACGAGAGCGCCGCCGAGGCCAUCCAGGCCGUGCGGGACAAGUGCACGCAGACCCCGCCUCCCCCAGCCGCCCGGGCCCCACCCCGGGGCCCCGCCCACUCCAGGACGCUCCCUCCCAGGUCCCACGAGAACGGCUUCAUGGAGGAUCUGGACAAGACGUGGGUGCGCUACCAGGAGUGUGACUCUCGCAGCAACGCCCCUGCUACCCUCACCUUUGAGAACAUGGCAGGCGUCUUCAUGCUGGUGGCUGGGGGCAUCGUGGCCGGGAUCUUCCUGAUCUUCGUUGAGAUCGCCUACAAGCGGCACAAGGACGCUCGCCGGAAGCAGAUGCAGCUGGCGUUCGCAGCCGUGAACGUGUGGAGAAAGAACCUGCAGGAUAGAAAGAGUGGUAGAGCAGAGCCCGACCCUAAAAAGAAAGCCACAUUUAGGGCUAUCACCUCCACCUUGGCUUCCAGCUUCAAGAGACGUAGGUCCUCCAAAGACACGCAGUACCAUCCCACUGAUAUCACGGGCACGCUCAACCUCUCAGAUCCCUCGGUCAGCACCGUGGUGUGAGGCCCCCGGAGGCGCCCACCUGCCCAGUUAGCCCGGCCAAGGACACUGAUGGGUCCUGCUGCUCGGGAAGGCCUGAGGGAAGCCCACCCGCCCAAGACU